AUGUCAGCUCUUAUAAGUACCAAAAAGACUUAUAGGCAUUUCUUUCUGUUAUUAUCCGGUUUCGUUACAAAAAAUUCAUCAGCAGAAAAAUCAGCAGAAAAAAAUUCAACAGAAAAAUCAGCAGAAAAAAAAUCAGCAAAAAAAUCGACAAAAAAAUCAACAAAAAAAUCAGCAGAAAAGCAUUCAAAAAAGAAACACAAAAAAAUAUGUGGGCCUGUUAAUGAACCAUGUAAAAGAGUAAAUGAGCUAUCGGCUCCAUGUAAUCAAACCUUGCCUUCUCCUACAGGCAAUUUUUCUGUAUACGAAGUAACAUCAUACGGAAAUGGAGCUUUAUGUAAUUGCAAUAAACUUUACUAUGAUACUUUAGAGACAUGUACUUACUGUUUGAGUAAUUCAUCUAGAAAAGUAACUAUUCAACGAUUAAGUGAUUGGAGAGCAUCCUGUAUGAAGUUUGGAACCCAAUUUACUGAGUUUCCACCAUCACAAGUAAUGCCAUAUUCUGAAUUAGAUAGUGGGAAUUCUACAAAUUCUACUAAAAUUGUGCCACUUACUGACCCUAAUAAUAUCACUAUUGACAUAUUAAUUGCGAUCUGUGUGAUUGAAACAGUAUUGAUCAUAGCUGGGAUCGGGUUUUAUAUAUUUUACCGAAAGUAUUAUAGAAAGAACCUCUUUGAAUCAAAAGAAUUAAAUGAAUCAAAAACAGACCUACAAAACGAUAUUGCAAAUAUACCAAAUAUAGAUAAUCAACUAGAGCAACAUGAAUUAUUUCAACAAUUUUUACAAUAUUUACAAUCACAAAAUCAAACUGGUUCGCAAAGAUUAUUACAUGAUGAAACAAUUCCAAUUUGA